GCGCAGGCAUCCCCCGACGGUCACCGGAGCUCGGGGCUGGGGGAAGCUUGGGUUUAACGGGAAUGGAUCUGGUUUGCAAAUCGCCCGGAAUGCCCCGACGGCGGUAAUCCUCCCUCCCUCCCGGGGUGGAGGCAGCUCCCCUUCUGAAAGUCUCAGUGCCGGGCGCCUGGCGGGAGACAAGGAAACCGCAUCUCCGCUGCCCCAGCAGGAGCGCCGGGAGGUGACGCCGCGCCGCGGGCCGCCGCGAGCCGCCGCCGGGCCGGGAGGGCGGUGCCGGGGCCGCGCCGGCCCCUCCCGCUGCGCCGGGGCCGCUUCCUGCCGACGCCGCGGCCUGUUGUGGUUCCGGGGCGGCCGCAGCAUGGAGGUGCCGGCAGCGGCGGGCGGCGCUGCGACGCUGGCGGGGCCCGACCCGGAGCUGGCGGCCACCAUGGGCUUCUCGGGUUUCGGGAAGAAAGCUCGGACUUUUGACCUCGAAGCCAUGUUUGAACAAACGAGAAGAACUGCUGUGGAAAGGAGCAGGAAAAUUUUGGAGGCUCGUGAAAGAGAGAAGGAAGAUGAGGCUGAAAAAGAAUUUAGAUGUCUGCACCCUGAUUCACCAGCUUCAGCCUCAAGUGCAGUAGGAGCUGAGUCCACAUUAACCCCAAGAGACGCAGCCUCUAGUGAAAACGAAGAUAGUUCAGAUGAAGAGUUAACUGGUCCUUCUGUCCAAUCCCAGACUUCAGCUCAAGGUCAAAACGAGGAUACUGAUGAUGAUGAUGAUGAAGAAUUCAUUGGGCCACCACUUCCACCUGGGUUCAAGGACAGUGAUGACAAUCAUGAUGACGAUGAUAUACAGGAGGAAGAUAACAACCCCGUCAAGAGAAUUCCAGAUUCUCAUGAAAUUACACUCCAGCAUGGAACAAAAACAGUUUCUGCUUUGGGUUUGGAUCCUUCAGGUGCCCGUUUGGUAACUGGUGGCUAUGACUAUGACAUUAAAUUUUGGGAUUUUGCUGGAAUGGAUGCCUCUCUCCAAGCUUUUCGGUCGCUCCAGCCAUGUGAAUGUCACCAAAUCAAAUCUUUACAGUAUAGCAGCACAGGAGAUGUUAUUCUUGUCGUCUCUGGUAACUCGCAGGCAAAAGUUCUUGACAGAGAUGGUUUCCCUGUAAUGGAGUGCAUAAAAGGAGACCAGUACAUUGUGGAUAUGACAAACACUAAGGGUCAUACAGCAAUGCUCAAUUCAGGCUGUUGGCAUCCUAAAAUAAAGGAGGAAUUUUUGACAUGUUCCAAUGAUGGAACUGUGAGGACAUGGGAUGUUAACAAUGAAAAAAAGCACAAAGGUGUAUUUAAACCACGAUCCGCUCAAGGUAAAAGGGUGAUUCCCACAACUUGCACAUACAGCAGAGAUGGUAAACUUAUUGCAGCUGGCUGUCAGGAUGGCUCCAUCCAGAUCUGGGAUAGGAAUAUGAGUGUACAUACCAAGUUCCACUGCAGGCAAGCCCAUGCCCCUGGCACUGACACUUCAUGCCUGACGUUUUCCUAUGAUGGUACCGCCCUUGCCAGCCGGGGAGGAGAUGAUACUUUAAAGAUAUGGGAUAUUAGACAGUUUAAAAAGCCUCUUAAUUCAGCCGAAAGGCUGUCCAGCUUCUUUCCAAUGACAGAUUGCUGUUUCAGCCCUGAUGAUAAAAUACUUGUCACAGGCACCUCCGUUAAGAAAGGUGGUGGCAGUGGGAAGCUUGCUUUCUUCGAUCGGGAGACAUUCCAGAAGUUGUAUGAGAUAGAUGUUACAAAUGCAAGUGUUGUGCGUUGCCUUUGGCAUCCCAAGCUGAAUCAGAUCAUGGUUGGCACAGCAAAUGGAUUGGCAAAAGUGUACUAUGAUCCUGUCAAAAGCCAGAGGGGAGCAAAAUUGUGUGUGGUCAAAACAAAACGAAAAGAGAGACAAGCAGAGACUCUUACGCAAGAUUACAUUAUAACACCCCAUGCGCUUCCAAUGUUCCGUGAACCACGACAGCGAAGCACCAGGAAACAGCUAGAAAAGGAUAGACUGGAUCCCCUGAAAUCUCACAAACCUGAACCUCCAGUAGCAGGACCAGGCCGUGGUGGCCGUGUUGGAACUCAUGGAGGGACCUUGUCGUCGUACAUAGUCAAGAACAUUGCACUGGAUAAGACAGAUGAUAGCAACCCUCGAGAGGCUAUUUUACGUCACGCAAAGGAAGCGGAGGAGAAUCCAUACUGGGUUGCUCCAGCAUAUGCUAAAACACAGCCAAAAACAGUUUUUGCAGAAGUGGAACAAGAAGAUGAUGAAACAGACAAGCCAGAGUGGAAAAAACGUAAAAUUUGAAGAAUUUGGUUUAAAGAACAAUUUAAGAGCAUUUGAAACAAAGUGCAGCAUGUAUUUCUUUAUUUUGGGUAACAGAUCAAAGUCUUUGAAAGCAUAAAUUAUUUUGAUGCAUAAACCUUCCUACAGUUGGAAAAGGAUUGUUGUAUUACAGUGGACUGUAAUUCUACAUCUGAAUUUUGUAAUAAGGAAUGAAUUCUAUUGUGCAAAGGAAAACUCCUCCCUGUGUCAGUUACUUAACUUCGUGAUUUAAAUGAAAAAUAUUUGUGCUUAUAAUUUUUAACAGAAUUCUGGUGAAUUCAAGAUAUUGCUGAAUGUUCUUUUUUUAUUACUGCCAACUUUACCAAUGCUGUGUCAUGACAAUGUUAAAGGAUUUUAAGUAUCAGAAUAAAAUAAUACAGAUUCUCAAA